ACCUUCCUUUCUCCAUGCAUAAUGCAUCAUCAUCUUCGGUUCAGUUAGUUGCGGUUUAUUUUGCCCCGGUACCUCGUCUAGAUGCGAAUCUUAAACAAAGGUCAUCAAGCUUUUAAGUUUUAGUUUUGUGUUAUUGAUCGAUAAUAAUGAUUCUUUUUGCAAUAAUCGCCAUAGUUUUAUUUAUAGUGUAUGUUAAAUGGCGGCAUUCUUAUUGGACCAGACUCGGCAUAUACCAAAUGCAACCAGAAUUCUUUAUUGGCAAUGCAAGGAGCGUACUUACUGGUAAAACAUCAUUUGCCCAAACGGUCUAUGAAAGAUACAAUUCAAUAAAAGCAACCGGACAACAAUGCGGAGGGAUCUAUCUGUUUUUAGAGCCCGCUGUCUAUUUUAUAGACCCGAAACUGAUAAAAACAAUUUUGCAAAAGGAUUUUCAGUAUUUUAUGAGCCACGGCUUGUAUCAUCAUCCCAAAGAUAUCUUGUCUAUGAACCUUUUCAAUAUGGAGGGGGAUGUUUGGAGGAACCUUAGAGCUAAAUUGACUCCCACGUUUACUAGUGGGAAAAUGAAAAUGAUGUUUGAUACUAUUAUAGAGAAAACUAAUGGUUUAGAGGCCAUGGUUGAUAAAUUCGCGAGCAAUCAGCAACCCUUUGCCAUAAAAGAAGCUUUGGGCAGGUUUACGACGGAUAUAAUUGGCAGUUGCGCUUUUGGAAUCGAGUGUAACUCUUUGGAAGAUCCAGAUAACCUUUUUAGGGCUUAUGGAAAAAAAGUAUUUGAGCCAAACUUAUACAGGUUUUGGCUCUUUAAUCUAUUACCGUGGUGGUUUCUGGGCAAUAUCGGCUUCAAGUCAAACGGCAGAGACGUUUCGGAAUUUUUUAUAAAAGUUGUAAAAGAAACGAUAAAAACGCGUCAAGAAAAUCAGAUAUUUCGUAAAGAUUUCAUGCAUUUGUUAUUGGAACUGAAAAAUAUGGAAAUAAAUGAAAAAAACCCAUUAACGAUUACUGAUGACGAAAUUGCAGCUCAGUGUUUCAUCUUUUUUCUCGCCGGAUUUGAGACUUCGUCGACCAAUAUGACGUUUGCCCUGUUGGAGUUGGCUCAGAAUCCUGAGAUUCAAGAAAAGUUAAGGGAUGAGAUUAAUGAUGUUAUUGAGAGACAUGGUGGGAAAAUAACGUAUGAUGCUGUUAUGGAAAUGAAGUAUUUGGAUAUGGUUAUCAACGAAACCUUGAGAAAAUUUCCUCCUGUAACAAUACUUCCAAGAAUAUGCACAAAGGACUAUGAAAUUCCCGGAACCAAAAGUACAAUAAAGAAAGGAACUAGGGUACAUAUUCCAGUAUGGGGCCUUCAUAGGGAUCCAGACUACUAUCCGGAUCCGGAUGUUUUCGAUCCAGAAAGGUUUAAUGAAGAAAACAAAUUGAAGAGACCUGAUUUUACUUUUUUGCCUUUUGGCGAAGGACCUAGAAUGUGUAUAGGUCUUCGAUUCGGCAUGCUUCAAUCCAGAGUCGGACUAAUAUCGUUAAUAAGAAAUUUCAGUUUUUCUUUGAACAAGAAGACAUCGCUACCAAUCCGGAUGUCAUCUGGCAGCGUAAUCAUAUCCGUUAAAGGCGAAGUUUGGCUCGAUGCUAAAAAGAUUAGAGAUUACUAGUUUAUUUUCUAAAUUAUAUUAUUCUAUUCAAAAUAAUAUUAUAAGUUAGUCUAGAAAUUCUAGAAUAGAAAUUGGGCCAUUAUUGUAUGAAUUAAGUUGUGGUAACUCUUUUAAAGACCGUAUAUUUCUGAAUUGAUUGGUUGUACGAGGAAUCAAAAAUAAAUACUAUAUUAAUUAAAAAAUACAUAAAACAACACAUUAAAAAUUAUGUAAAGAAGUUAUUUUCCUAACAAGUGCGCAAAGUGAGACUUUUUUACAUGCAAAAGCAAUAAGUCGACUUUGUUCUCGAAUAUCUAUUAUUUAUUUAUUUAUUUAUACCCCUACAUACACCUUUAACAGGUACCUACCUACUUACGAGUGCAUUAUCGGAUGAUGCUUCAAGGGCGAAAACACAUUUUGCGCAUGUGUUAGUUUUGUACUAGGAAGCCUUCAUAAAUUAGAAACGUAAAUCUGUGAGUAUGUUUGUUUUCAUUAUACCUAUAGCAAACAAUAGUACAUUAUAUACCUAGGUAGAGAAGUUGGUCAUUAUAUACCGA